AUUCUCGGAAUGUUUGAAUUCAUUUUGGAAGCUUAUUAGAAGUCGGAACGAUGAGGGCCAUUUUCAAGAUGAACUGCACGGCGCGAAAACAGUCCCAUUGGUUGUGCGCUCGCUCUAUCACGUCCAUGGCGGCUCAGAAUACUCCAGAAUCACCGUAUUCUUCUCUGGUUGAUGAAUUGGGAAGAUUUUGCUUCCAGAGAGACUUGCCCGGAGCUAUCAAAGUCUUGGACGCCAUGCAAAGGAACGGCGUUCGGGCGGAUUCCAUCACGUACUCGGAGCUUAUUAAGUGCUGCUUGGCUCGUGGGACGGUUGAACAGGGUAAGCUCGUCCAUGAGCAUGUUUUCUCAAAUGGGCAUCGACCCACGAUGUUCGUAAUCAACAUUCUCAUCAACAUGUACGUUAAAUUUGAUCUCCUGGAUGAAGCAAGGCAGCUGUUCGACCAAAUGACUGAAAGAAAUGUUGUUUCUUGGACGACCAUGAUAUCGGCUUACUGUAAUGCUGAGCUCCAUGACAGAGCAUUGGAAUUUUUGGUUUUGAUGCUAAGAGAAGGUGUGAGGCCGAAUAUGUUCACCUAUUCUUCGGUUCUGAGAGCUUGCUCCAAGUUAUGGAAUCUUAAGCAGCUUCACUGUAGCAUAAUCAAAGCUGGGCUAGAAUCCGAUGUCUUUGUUCGUAGUUCUCUCAUUGACAGUUACUCAAAAAUGGGUGAACUGCAAAAUGCACUGUCUGCUUUCAAUGAAAUGGUAACUGGAGAUUUGGUUGUUUGGAACUCAAUCAUUGGGGGGUUUGCACAAAACAGUGAUGGUGAUGAAGCUCUGAAUCUUUUCAAGAGAAUGAAGAGGGCAGGUUUUCAAUCUCACCAGGCAACACUAACCAGUGUGUUAAGAGCCUGCACUGGAUUGUCUCUAUUAGAAUUGGGAAGACAAAUCCAUGUUCAUGUGCUGAAGUUUGACCAAGAUCUAAUUCUGAACAACGCACUUCUGGAUAUGUAUUGCAAGUGUGGCAGUGUAGUAAAUGCCAACACUGUUUUUUCAAGGAUGUUCGAGAAGGAUGUGAUCUCUUGGAGCACAAUGAUUGCUGGUUUGGCCCAAAACGGUUUCAGCAAAGAGGCACUAGGAUUGUUCGAGUCCAUGAAAGUUUCAGGGACGAAACCAAACUAUGUUACAUUAGUUGGUGUUCUGUUUGCCUGUAGCCAUGCUGGGCUUGUAGAAGAUGGUUGGUACUAUUUUCGAUCGAUGAAGCAGCUUUUUGGGAUUGCUUCAGGGAGAGAACACUAUGGCUGCAUCAUCGAUCUUCUUGGAAGGGCCGGGAAACUCGAUGAAGCAGUGAGGUUAAUUAAUGAAAUGGAAGGCGAACCAGAUACUGUUACAUGGAGAACUUUACUUGGUGCAUGUAGGGUUCACCAGCAUGCAGAUUUAGCAAUAUAUGCUGCUAAAAAAAUUCUAGAACUAGAUCCACAAGACUCUGGGACAUACAUACUGCUAUCCAAUAUUUAUGCCAAGUUUCAAAGGUGGGAGGAAGCUGAAGAAAUUAGGAAGACUAUGAGAAUCAGAGGAAUCAAGAAGGAACCAGGGUGCAGCUGGAUUGAAGUGAAAAAACAGAUCCAUGCUUUUAUUGUAGGAGAUAACUUGAAUCCACAAAUGGAUAAGAUUACUAGGUACCUAAACCAGUUGAUACAGAGAUUACUGGAAGUAGGUUAUGUUCCAGACACCAAUUUUGUUUUGCAAGAUCUUGAAGGGGAACAAGGGGAAGAUUCACUUAGAUAUCACAGUGAGAAAUUGGCAAUUGCCUUUGGUUUGAUGAGCUUUCCAAAGGAAAAGACCAUCAGAAUCAGGAAAAACAUCAGGAUUUGUGGAGACUGCCACGUCUUUGCAAAGCUGUUAGCAAAGAUGGAGCAGAGAACCAUUGUGAUAAGAGAUCCUAUCCGAUACCAUCAUUUUCAAGAUGGGAUGUGUUCUUGUGGGGACUACUGGUAGCAGAAUCCAUGAGCUCUUGCUGCAUGCGAAUUCUGUGUACAAUAGAAGGUACGUAAAAAAGAUACCUUGAAGAAAAAUGUCAAACCCAGUGAUCAAUUGAAAGAAAGAGAUAGUUAUCAUAUCUUCAUCUCCAAUAGAUACAAAGCUGGAGUUAUAUGUGAACUAAAAUUGAGAUGCUGACUCUAAUAGUAUAAGAAUUACGUUAAGACCAAAGAUGCAGAAGAUUUGACUAAUUGAUAGCUGAUAAAAUUGGUUUGCCGUUGUAUGAGAUUGGAUAUCAAAUUCCAUCUACCCCGAAGAUCGAGGAUUUGGCAUAGGUCCACGGUCCUCCAAUGGACAAAUAGGUAGCUUGAAUGUAAUGUGAUUGAUUACAACAAUACAAGUUGAUGUAUGCAUGUGUAGAAUUGAACUAAUUCACGCUGUAAUAUUCAUUGAAUCUUGUAUGUUCUGGUACAAAUUUAAAGGAAAUUCAAUAUGACGUGGGAACAAAGUUGCUUUUUUAUCA